UUUAAAGGGGAUUGGAGCAACACAUCCUUCUCCCGUCGCUUGCACCUUCUUCUGCUCAGCCUAUUUUGCAAUCACAACUUUCUCUUCCCUCGGCACAACUUGGGAAACUGGGGGAAAAAAAGAAAAACAACUUUUCUUCUCGCGAUAGUAACUAGUUUAAGCAGCCGCCAUAUUCUUUGACAGUAUUUUGAUUCGUAUCUGCUGGAAGUGAGGAAAAAGAGAAAAGUGAAGGGCUGUCGAGGGGAGGGGGGGGCACAAGAAGAGGAGCUGUCAAAAAGGUAUUCCCGAGUCUCUGUCAAACGGCGGAGGACUAAGGCUCGGUAUCCCUCCCCCUAACGCUAUUUCGAGGACACAGAAGGCCCGGGGCCUCGGUGCAAGUUGGCUCUUCGUCUCCCUGGCAGUAGCUGGAUCCUUCUUAGCUUCUCUUCUCCCAGCUCCGCGGCCCUCCGGAGGUCCAGCGGCGGUCUUGGGUGUUGAAGGCGGCCCGGGGAGCGGCGGCGGAGACUGGAGAUAAGGCAAAAACAGCUGCUUCUUGGCUGAAAUAAGAUCCCAGUGAGGUUGAAGUACACUCAUGAUUUCUCUCAUCAUUAAAAGAUGUUCAAAAUGAAGGCAGUUUGCUGCUGAGACUGACUUCCCCGUGUGCUGAACAGAACAAACAGACCUGGCAUCAUACGAAUGGCCCAGGGAAGCCACCAGAUUGACAUUCAGGUUUUGCAUGACCUGCGCCAAAAGUUCCCUGAAGUCCCAGAAGGUGUUGUCUCCCAGUGUGUUCUGCAGAAUAACAACAAUUUAGACGCCUGCUGUGAAUACUUGUCCCAAGUCAGUCCGGGCUACCUGUACAGCGAAGAAGGGAACCUGAGCUUUUCAGACGACCCCAGCUUCAGCAGGCUCCAUAAUCACAUGACCCAACUGAACCUGGACCUGCAGCCUCAGAAUGUGCAUGUGGGCCCGGUUCGGGACAGCCUGAGAAUGAACGGCAGCCGGACUCUGGCCCACAGCCUGAGCGAAGGGCCCCUCUCUACAGGCCAGGCCACUAACAGUGACUUCUAUCAGCAGGAGCCCCAGUCAGCCCCAGUGCAGGUGCCCUCCAAUUUCAAUGUAUUUGGCGUGAUGGAGCCCCCGCGUAAACCGCAGCCUCCACAGCACCUUGGACUCUACCCUCUGGGUGGCAAAGCACCAGCUAUGGGUUCCCAGCAGACACCACGCUUCAACCCAAUCACCGUGACGUUAGCCCCUAACAUUCAGACAGGACGCAACACACCUACUUCUUUGCACAUACAUGGUGGGCCACAGUCGGGCCUAAGCAGUCCACAGGGUAACUCUAUUUACAUUCGGCCUUAUGUUAGCCAGUCCGGUACGACACGGCAAAACCAGCAGCAGGGAGGCAGGGCCCAGUACAGCCCCACUUCCCAGCCUCAGCAGCAGAUCUACCAGAUCUCACAUCCUUCCUCCCUGUCUGGCUCCUGGUCCGGCACUCAGCACUCUUCCUCCUCCUCUCAUACCUCACAGCCCCAGACCCAGGGCCAUCAAACUUCUCACGUCUACAUGCCCAUCAGCUCACCUACAAAUCCCCAGGCGCCUUCCUUUCUUCCUACAGGAAGUCAGGCCUCUUCCUCUGGUGUCUCAUCAUGCUCCUCUUCCUCUUCCUCCUCUUCGGUCAUGCCCAGCUCCCUGUCUGCAAUCAGCCAGUACAAUAUCCAGAACAUCUCCACCGGCCCACGGAAGAAUCAGAUAGAGAUCAAACUUGAAUCUCCCCAAAGGAGCAAUUCUACAACAGCUGUGCUGCGGACGAGCAGCGGGCCCCGCUCAUCCUCCACGUCCUCCUGCCCUUCCUCUUCCUCUUCAUCUGCUGGGGCAGCUUCUGUCCCUGCCACCCCUCUGUCAAUCGGAGGCUCGGGUCCCACUGUUUACAUCUCUACUGCUGCUACCACUCCCUCCGAGGAAGUCAUUGUUGCCUCAGCCGGCUCCCGCCCACAGCCCAAGUUGGGUAGGAAUCCUCACACACUCUUCAUCUCAACAAACCCUUCCUUACAGGGGCCCUCAGGUGCCAGGAACAUAGGGGGUCAAGUGAGCAUGGGCCCUGCCUACAUCCACCAUCAUCCACCUAAAUCUCGCCCCUCUGUGGGAGGAGGGGGUACAGCUUCUUCCCCACGCGUGGUGGUCACUCAGCCCAACACCAAAUACACUUUUAAAAUCACAGUGUCUCCUAACAAACCCCCAGCUGUGUCCCCUGGAGUCGUGUCCCCGACUUUUGACGUCAACAAUCUUCUCGGCCUACCCCAAGACCACCACUUUGUGGAGACAGACCCCCAGCAUCUCUCAGACCCACUUUCGCCACACCGGGAGAGACAGAGUGAACCUCGCAGACUCAGCAUGGGCUCUGAUGAUGCAGCAUACACACAAGCAUUGUUGGUGCAUCAGAAGGCACGAAUGGAGAGGCUGUGGCAUGAGUUGGAGAUGAAGAAGAAGAAGCUGGAGAAACUAAAAGAAGAGGUCAAUGAAAUGGAGAAUGACCUGACCAGGAGACGUCUGGAGAGAUCGAACUCUGCUUCCCAAAUUCCUUCUAUUGAUGAAAUGAAGCAGUUGCGAUCCCAAAACAGGUCAUUGCAGAUUGAUAUAGACUGCCUCAGCAAAGAAAUUGACCUUCUUCAAACAAAAGGACCACACUUUAAUCCCGGUGCAAUCCAUAACUUUUACGACAACAUUGGAUUCCUCGGUCCUGUCCCACCCAAACCCAAAGGUACUUUAUCUAUUGACACGGGCAGUAAGAGUGUGAAGCCCAUCACAGACCAGGAGGAUGAGGGGACGCAGUGGAGCUGCACAGCCUGCACCUUCCUCAAUCACCCUGCCCUGAUCCGCUGUGAACAGUGCGAUUUCCCGCGGAACUUCUGAGCCAACAAGGCUGCGACGCGCUGCCCCUUCCUCUGCCCGCCUGUCUUCUAGCAGAUUAGAACAGACCGGGGCUCUGUCUGUUACUUCCUAGAUGUAUGAAAACCGGGACAGGGCAUAGUCCUCGUACAUCGUGCAGCCCGUUUGUUUUUGUUUUUUUGUUUUGUUUUGUUAUUUUCUUCUCCUCUCUAUAGGCUUGUAGAACACUGUCUAUUGAAGGCUUGACUGGAUGGUGUUUACAGCUUGCGUUUCUUAAUAUAGGCUGGCAGAGUCGGAUGAUACCUCACCUUAGAGACUGGCAUAGUGUGGGGUCCCGUUCUCCCCACAUCCCUUGCUCGACAGGUGACACUUUACACCCUGGGGAUACCUCGCUGCUCCCACUUCACAGUAUUACAAGCGUGGCCCUGCAGCGUGAUUGCGCACAUGCACACUCAACACAGAUGUGCCUUUUGCUGAUUUUUCUUUCUUUCUUUUUUUUUUUGUCCCUUUUCUUCUUCUUCUGUGGUGGUGGCAUGACUGGGGAAGGGGGGGUGGGAACUGUGUUGAGCCACCGUUCUCCACUUGAAGGGAACUCGUGGACUUUAAAGUUUGUUUGCUGUUUGUAGUGGAUGCCAAAGGAGGAACCACCAGUGUUGCUGUCAAUCAAACGUGCCUACUUUCCUCAGCGCCAUUCUCUGUGUCUCUGAUCGUGAGUUACCAAAACGCGAAACAAAAAACGGUUGCAUGGUUUGUGUACAGAACACGGAGGCAGAAACUCCCCUCAAGCUUUUUACUGUACAUAAUUUUAGAAUGUGCCUUUUAAAACCGUUCUUCCUCACACUAUGAAUCACUUGUAUUUCCUGUAAGUAUAGCUUUAUAGACUUUUAUUAACUUGUUUUGAUUCCCUUCUUUCAACCAAAUAAGCACCGUGCCCCCUUUUUAAGCUUUGAUUUCUGUGAGAGUUGAAGCCUUGCAGAAGGAGAGGAGUGGAGCUGUUCAAACCCCUCGCAGUCAUCAUGAAGCUACGUCUGCCCGGCCCGUUCAUCGCCCGCGUCAUUGCUGAGGUUCCUGUGUAUGAUCUGCAGAUGCAGCAAAAGUGGAAGGCGAUGGAGGCGUCUUGUUUUUGUUUUUGUUUUUUUCCUGUUUCGUGAGUGUAUGUGUGUGCGUGCGAGUGUAAGCGUGAGUGUGUGUUUUUGUUUUCCAGGACACCAAUUACGUUCGGGACUGUUGGGGGUGGGUUUGGAGAGGGGAGGGAAGGGGUAAAUAACAAACUGCCAUCUUAUCUGACAACUGGAAUGUAGUUUUGAUGUUUGGAGGACAACGACACCUCAGUGCAAAGAGACACUCACUCUCCAGUGCAAUCAAGAACCAUGUCAAAGUGCUCCUGGAACAGUUUCCACGUUGCUGUGUGCCUGAAUUGGCUUUUUGUUAGGUACCAAAGGUCAAAGUGAAUAUAUUUCUGUUAAAGGUGUUCCUGUGCCUUACAGUCAGGAUUGUUGCGUGUUGGGAGCAGUUGAGGCAAAACAAACUGUCUAUUCUGCACACUUUGCUUUGGAGCAGUUCAUCCUCCUAAGCUUUUAUUGCAGAGGGUUUUUCUAAAAUGUACUUCCUGUCAUGUUUCACUGUGGAACUGUGGAUUAUGUGAAACAAUGGCUUGCAUUAGUGCCUUUGUAUUAAUAACCUGCCCUGUCACAUCCAAGUUUUUUGUUUUUUUUUUAAACCCCUAAAAUUUCCUAUGACUUUAACUCACUGAUUUAUGAAUUUAUAAAUGAAUUCUUGUCUCUUAAGCACUUAAUGUCAUACUUUUUUCUUUUUCCAACCCCCAAAAACCAGUUUUCAGCUUUAUCUGCACCUUGGUGUGAAGAGGCAGUUUAUUCAUGUUUUAAUACAUGAAAAAAAAAUAAUUUGGACAUCUAAAGUGUUUUUUGAUUUUAGCUGGGAAAACUGUCUUUGUAACAGAUAAGUUAUUUGUAAAAAUUAAAAAAAAAAAUCUAU